CUCACCAUGAUGUGCAAAAUAGUCUGCGUGCUGGUCGCUACGGCCAAUCUCAUCACGAUGGCGUACACGGUUUAUUCGAUCUUGCAGUUGAUGGACGAACAGCCUCUUCUCGAAAUAUUUAUAUCACCCUGUCUGGCCAACAUGGUACUGGCCGUACUGUUAGUAAUAGGAAUCGCGACGGAAGAACUCUCUCUCAUAAGGCUGUUUAAAAUAUUUCUCUACGCCCAGCUCGUCUUUGCACUGAUGAUGGUGGUUUAUGGCCAUCGGUUUUUCGAAAGCAUCAAAAUGCCGGUCCUGGUGAAGAUGUGCUUCGGUAUCAUGUUCUUUGUCUGUGGCGUAGAGCUCGUCAUUGUGUCGGCCACCAUCGAAUCUCUGCGCAAGAAACUCAAUCCAGCCGAAGGUCUCGUAGUGUACACGCCCGUGGUACAGUCGAUUUAAGUGU